AUGAACGGAGCUUUAUCACUCUAAAAAAAUGGCUUAAACACAAAUGAUCUUGGAGCUAAAUCUAGUUCGAAGUCUCAAUAACGCUACUUGAAUAUAUCACAGAAUAAUCAAUAAACAUUGCAGCAAAUUGAAUAAUUUGGAAAGCAGAGAAAUAAGCUUGAAUUCAGUGAUAUUAGCAUCAAUUAGAAAGUAGAUAAUAAUAAUCUUAAGAAUUUAUUCAAUAAACACAGAAGCUCAAACAAAGACGGAAAUGCGCUGCCAAGUCUCUCGAACAGAUAAGAACCUAACUCAGGACAGAUGAGCUCUCAUAGAAAGAAAUUAAACCACAUGGACUAUAGGUAUGCAAAGUUGACUAGAGAUGCAAUUGCUGAUAGACUUGAUAGGUACAAAAAUAAGAAUAAAAAAUAACAGAUGAAUCGAGAAUCUGUAAUUGAAUUUGUUAGUCAAGAAUAUGGAUUUGUAAUGACUUUAAUGUCUGCAACUGAUGCCAUUUUAUUCUGUAGAGGACCAUAACUUGAUUCUUCUGAAGCUUAUAAUGAGGAUAAACUAGUCUCAUGGCUAGAGGCUAAUUUACCAUCAAUGAGGAAAAUUGGUGACCACUUUAAACCUUGGAAACCAUCAAGAACAGUCCCUAAUUCUUUGAAUACAAGUCAGGAUUAGCUCUAUCUUUCAAAACUUAGUAAUGGGGGUAGGUUUGAUAAUAAUGAUAUAUCAACUUAGCAAGUAAACAAAUUCUAAGUAAAUCCUACUCUUAUUAAGGAAAUGAAUGAUUGUCUUGCAUAAUGUGAAAGAUAACCUGCACUUAAGAGAAAAAUCUAGGACACUUUACACACUUUAUAAGAAUCUAUGAUGGAUUAUAAAGCUUAAGAAGGUUUAAAAGCUUCAAUGAGAGCUUAGAAAAGAUUAAGAGAUAAAAUACUAUCAGAGGAAGAAACAAAAGAGAGAUCAAUCCAAAGAAUGCUUGAAUAGACAGCCGUUUUAGAUUCGCCCAUUAGAGCUGCAAAUCUAUAAGAAGUUCUCAGAAAAUAAUGGUGUGAGUACAGAGAUUCAUAUGUUAUCAUGAGCAAGUUAACAAAUAAAUAAAAGAGAAAACUUAACGAUAUGAUAAAAUGA